UUGAUUGAAAAUUUGUUUUUGUGAAAAAUUUCAUAAUCGCGUCAUGCCGCCGAAAAGGAUGUUGGUCUGUGCGGUUCGCGGCUGCAGUAGGGGACCCGUCAAUAUCGAAACCACAACGUGCCACCGGUUUCCGUUGGAAGUGGGAGAGGCCGCCGAAUGGGUUCGCUUCUCGCAGAAUGCCUACGCGGAGCAUCAGUUCAAGCUGGCCGGUCCGAUUGGCGUUCGGAAGCUGUGGAUAUGUUCGCAGCACUUUGAACCGAGCUGCUACAAGGUACCGGGAACCAAAACGACUCUCAAGUACGGCGCGAUGCCGACGUUGAACGAAGCCUGCGAUGAACCAGCGGAUCCGAAUGAGACACCGUUUAUGGUCGCUUGUCCAACUAAAACAGAAGCGAAGAAGAAGAAUGAGAAAGCUGCGAGUGGCGUCGGGGAGGACACCGAAGAAACGUUAACGGAUGUCGAGAUGGCUGGUUCGUCUCCGGGGACCGCCGGAGUGAAGAAAGGUUCACACAAGCGGAAGAAUUAUCGGCGCGCCAGUGACCGGUUCUUCGACUUCCUAAUGGACGACGACGACGACGAUGACGACGAUCUGGACCUGGAUCUGCGGCAAGUAGCUAAUAAAAUUCGAAAAGAGGAUCAACCUGCACCCCUCAAGAGAAAAAUCCCCAGCAAACACGGCCAAUUCUGCCUCUGCAACAGCUGCCGAAAGGAACGUUCGGCGAAGGCUAUGGAGAAAGCCAUCACGCCAAACAAGUCCACUCAAACCGAGGACAGGGGACCGCAACCGGUAGCGUCUCCGGUUCCCGCCGAAGUCAACCAGGACUCGUGCCGGCUGUGUUUCAGCACGGAUCAGCUGGAACCGCUCUGUUCCGGGAUGAUUGUGGUUCGCGACGAGAUGCUGGACAAGAUCUACGUUUGUACCGGGAUACUGAUCAUCCCGCGACCGAAGGAGUCGAUCUUCGUCUGUACGCCGUGCGCACAGCUGAUCAACAGUUUCCACAGCUAUCGACAGCAGGUUUGCAGCAACAAUCGUGCUUUGCAGCGGUUCACGGCGCGAAAGAUACCUGUGGCCACGGUGGCUGUGAAGGUCCGUAAAACAGCGCCACCAGUUACUCCGCUUACCAGGAAACGUCUGCCGGUUACUCCGGCAGUUCGAAAGGUUCCAGCCCCUUUGCCACUCGUAUCACAAUAUCGCAAGAUUGCUCCGAAAGUACAGUUGCCGAUGAUGCAGCCAGAAAUUACCAUCGAACCAUCGGUUCUGAUCAAAACGGAACCGGAAGAUCCGCUAGAAGGUUGUGGAGAACCGGCGCUGAAGAUACCUCCGGCUGUACCGCUCCCAGCAAAGAUACCGACCAUUGCGUUGAUAAAGAUGCCGGCACCGAAGAUGGAAACGGAAUUGAAGAAGGAACCCGUACCGGAAACAGGGCUACUCAUGGAAGCGGAAGAAGGCUCACUGGAUCUACCGGAGCAGGAAAGCUGGAAAUGCUGGCAGUGCGAGAAUUCGUUCCUAUUUCAGUUCGAAUGCGCCAAACAUAUGAUGCAAGUGCACGGGGAGAAAGUGGCCUACAUCAAGCAACGGAUGAAUCUGGACGAGCUGAACGCAAACAUGCUGGAGAUGAUGAGCGCGCACCAGCGGAAGUAGGCAGCGUGGAGAGAACUGACAAACUGAUUUUAUUUUUAAA